AUGGCCUUGCAACUAGCAGAUAGAUCAUUCAAAUUUUCCCAUGGGAUAGUAGAAGAUUUAUUGGUGAAGGUGGGAGACUUCAUCUUUCCAGCAGAUUUCGUGGUAUUAGACAUGGAGGAAGGAGCUAAGACUUCCAUCAUCCUGGGAAGGCCAUUUUUAGCCACUACCAGAGCCAUUAUUGAUGUCCAAAAGGGUGAACUUAUCCUUAGAUUACACAAGGAGAAAAUGACAUUCAAUGUGUUUAAGGCCAUGAGUUACCCACACAACUCAUUGGGAGAAUGUAUGAGGUUGGACUCCAUAGAAGCUUUGGUACAAGAAACUAUUGAAGAAGAACUUGAAGCAUCAACAGAAGAAGAAUUAGCAGCAAACGAAGAAGCUGCAGCCGCUGAAAUACAUGUUCAAGAGGGAAUAGUUCUUGGCCAUAAAGUUUCUAAUCAAGGCAUUGAGGUAGAUAGAGCUAAGGUGGAGCUAAUUGAAAAGUUACCUCCACCAAGUGAUGUCAAGGCAAUUAGGAGCUUUUUGGGACAUGCUGGCUUCUACAGAAGGUUUAUUAAAGAUUUUUCAAAGAUAGCCAAGCCCUUAAGCAAUCUCCUGAUGUCUGAUACACCAUUUAUUUUUGAUGAGAAAUGCAUGCUAGCAUUUGAAAACUUGAAAAAGAGGCUAUCCCCAGCUCCUAUCAUCACCCCACCUGAUUGGAAUUUACCAUUCGAACUGAUGUGUGAUGCAUCUGAUUUCGCAGUUGGGGCAGUGUUAGGGCAGAGAAAAGGAAAUUUGGUGCAUGUCAUAUACUAUGCCAGCAAGGUCCUUAAUGAUACUCAAAGGAAUUAUACCACAACCGAAAAGGAGUUGCUGGCAAUAGUUUUUGCAUUUGACAAAUUUAGAUUAUAUCUUAUUGGCUCUAAAGAGUUCAACAUUGAAAUUAGAGACAAAAAAGGUGUGGAGAACAAAGUGGCAGACCAUCUAUCCAGAAUCCCUUGUGAGAAGGAUGAUGCCCAUGAUACAAUUGUAAAUGAAUUCUUCCUAGAUGAGCAGCUAAUGAUGAUUCAUAAAGCACCUUGGUUUGCGGAUAUUGCCAAUUUUAAAGCAGCCGGUGACUUACCCCCUGGAAUCAACAAAUAUCAAAGAAGGAAACUCAUCAAUGAUACCAAGUAUUUCAUUUGGGAUGAAUUCUAUCUCUUUAAGAAAUGCUCGGAUAGAAUCCUUAGGAGGUGUAUCUCAGAAGAAGAAGGACGAAGGGUCCUGUGGAGUUGCCAUAGUGCUAGUUAUGGAGGUCACUUUGGAGGAAAAAGAACUGCCGCAAAGGUGCUGCAAUGUGGGUUCUUCUGGCCCACUAUCUUCAAAGAUGCUAAGGAAUUGGUGAGAAGCUGCAACGAAUGCCAAAGGGCUGGCAACCUGCUGAUGAGCGGAUAA